CUGCUGCACACGCACCCUCUCCGUUGCUGGGCCACCACCACCAUACAUACUUGUACCAUCAUCAUUAGCUGAGAGGGAUCCCUUCUCGCCCCGUCCCCUCUCUCCUGCAUCUCCAGUUGCUUGUCUGCCCAUGACUGACCGCCUGGCUGGCUGACUGGCUGGCUGACUGACUGACUGACGAGGCCGCGCAAUGACAUGAGCCACUACCCCGAUUCCGAUUGGCCUGCUUACCAAAGACCCUCUUCUGCUCGCCUCCAUCUCAUCUCACAGUGGAGCCUCUGUUCUCUUGUCUAGAACACCCAAGCCUACCACUCACUACAUGCUAAUUGUCCAAGAACCAUCAAACCCACGCCAGCGACAUCUUUCAUCUCCUUUCCUCGUACUGUCCUUCAUUCUACGCAGCCGUCUUCGGUCCAACAUUCUUCGCCAACCCAAUGCCACCCCGGGCUGCCUAGUCGCUGCUGGUUUUUCUUCUGUCCUCCACCGUCCAUGUGCUGUGACGCAACCCCCACAUGGGUACAUUCAACCAUCUUAUCGGCCCUUGCACAUGUGCUCCUUGUUGCGUGCCUCGUUCCCUUGCCGUCACAAACCUACCUCUUCUCGCUACCACUCCACGUCGUCCGCCUCCACAUCUGCUGCACCCAUCAUCUUGUCCACAUAGCGCACGCCAAAAUGCUCAACGACGUGGAGCUGAACCGUUGGUUGUCGGAGCUUCCUCGGGUCCAGCCUACGUUCUACCCAUCUCCGAUUCCAAUCAUCAAUCAUCCAGUGCCAUGCUGCUGUCCAUGUGGGGGAGUCACCGGUGGACAACUCCACGUUGCCAAUCAGAAAAAGUCUCGAUACACAAAAAAAAAAAGAAGGCAAAAAGUGACGCAAGGAAGGGAAAAAUCUUCCCUGUCUGGCCGUGUCGCGGCGAGGCAAGAAUUCUCCGCAAGCCAUCAUCAACUAACUCUUUUCCUUUGUGAACCUCGCCUCGAAACUUGUCCAACCGUCAUCCACUCUUGCUUUUCCGUAUGCCUGCUGCCAUCUCUAACAAGCUCGUUCAACAAGAAUCAUCUAUGA